AUGAAUAAUCGCAGAAACAAUGCACAAAGUGCUCGUUCUCGUGGCAUACUAGAUUCGUUGUUGAAAUUUUCAAAUGAUUCGCAGUCCGAGUCUGAUUUACAUGAAAGAAAUGUAGUACUCGUUACCGAAAAUGUGUUGGUACAUGCAACACAAAAUUGGUCUCCUGACAGGAAUAAACAAGUUUCUUACUCUCGCAUUGAUAAAAGUGAUGACGACAAUUCUAUUGAAAUACUCGAUAUACCUAGCUCUCAGACUCAAAAGAACUAUGAAGACAGGACACCAGAAAAUAUUGAUGAACAUCUGGACGAUACUGUUUUACCCCAAAUUGUUUGUGAAACUUCUAAUCAAAGUAAUAUUAUUCAAAACAAUGAAAUUGAAUCAGGAUCAUCAGAUUUUUCUGCAGAAAAAUCAAGAGAUGUUUUACAAGAUAAUACAGAAUGUCAUAUUGAGAUGGGUCAGGAUAUUAGCUCUGGCUCUGAUGAUGAAUGGCAACCUGUCAGUCAUGAUUUGAUAACAUCUAUUGAAAACGAAGAAUCUACAAGUAAAUCUGACUCCGAUGAUGGUGAUGGUGACGAUAAUAUCCCAUUGGCUUUAUUAUGUAGAAAGAGGAAGAAAGGUUAUGGUCCUUUUCAAAGAAAGCUACGAAAGGAGCGUACGGAAAAACGUCGAAAAGGCGAGGAAUAUGUAAUUGCAAAAGGAAAAUGUAUACCAAAGCGUUAUCCAGGUGGAUUUUCAGAUAAUUGUAGGGCAAAAUUUCAACAAAAGCUUGAGAAAAUUAAUUUGAACCAGCUUUACAUUGACUACAGGGAAUUACCGUCUAGAAAAGCACAAAAGAGAUAUUUGAGUGGAUUGAUUAAAAUUAAACCAAAAGAGCGUACAAGAAGAAAUUCAUUUAUGAAAAACAGAGAGGUAACAGUUGUUUACAAUAUAGAUGGAACUGAAGGAAAUAUUUGCAAAAAAUGUUUCAUGAAAACAUUUGGUGAAGGCAGAGGUUUUAUAGACGAAAUCGUUAAAAAGAAAAAGAACAGCUCAUCGGCAUGUGUUAUUGUAAAAGCUGAUCAAAGAGGUUUAAGGGAUCCUGGAAAUAAACGUUCUGACCAUGACAUCCAAUACGUCAAAAACUUCAUCGACGAAUUUCCAGCUUAUGAAAGUCACUACUCCCGACGCCAUACGAAUAAAAAAUACCUUCAUCAGGAUUUAAACAUGAAGAUAUCGUACAAAUUGUACAAAGAUCAAUACGUGAAAGACAAUGGAGAAGAAGGAUUACCGCCAGUAAGCAUUACGCUGUUUCGUAGCAUUUUUAAAACACUCAAUUUGAAAUUCAAAAAACCUUCAAACGAUACUUGCGAUUCGCUUACGGUUCAAAUUAAAACUUGUGAGGAUACUAAUGAAAAACAAAAUUUAGAAGAGAAAAAGACUAUUCAUCAAAGUAAAGCUGAAUCACAUUAUAAUUCGAAAAGAGAGGACAAGGAAUUGAGUAAGCAAAGUGAUGGAAAAAUUGUUGUUGCUGCAUUCGAUCUACAAAAAUGUUUAGCGACUCCUUAUCUAUCAGCUGGAAUAUCGUUUUAUAAAAGGAAACUAUGGAGUUUUAAUUUAACUGUACGUAACAUCACAGAAAAACGAACGCACUGUUUUGUUUGGUAUGAAAGUAUCGCACAAAGAGGUGCGGAUGAGAUUGCAUCAUGUUUGUUUCGAUUUAUUAUGGAGCUACCAGAGAUUGUAGAGCAGAUAAUCUUCUACUCAGAUACCUGCCCAGGACAAAACAGAAAUAAUAUUUUACCAUUAAUGUUUGCAUUAGCUGUCAAUCAAAAAACCAGUUUAAAUGAAAUCCAUCACAAAUUUUUAGUGCCCGGACAUACGCAUUUGGAAUGCGACAGCGAUAGAAAGAUUUAUAAAACAUCAUAG